AUGUCCCGACUUGCUCUGCUCAGUACGCGCAAACUUACCAGAAGAGGUGUAAACUCGGACGGUGUGGAAACCUACCGAGCCAACGACAAGCUCCGGAUGUCCCAGAAAUACCCGAGAAAGUUCGCGAAUCACUUUGCCAGUGCCUUCUCGAUCUUGGUCGCAGAGAGGGUGCCUGCCAAAUGUGUAGAGGUGGAACCCGGUGCACACGUGUAUGCUUCAAGAUCCAUGGAGUUGCUGGGACAAGAGUUGAACGCACCGCCAGCUGUACGGAUGCUUAGAUCUCUGUUUGCUACAUAUGAGGUUCCAGCCCAGACUUACAGGAACAUGGAGGCGAAAGUUCGCCGCAUGGUCGACCCGAAGAAGCGCAGUGGCAAAGUGACGGCCUCGGAGGCGCUCCGCAAGAAAUGGUUCGAAUCCUCGGAAGCACGCAAAAAGUUGGUGCUGGAGAUGGUAAACUGUGGUGGUGACAAGGCCAAGUUCACCGCACGCCUGAAGCACACCCACACCAAUUCCCAGAAGCGCACCGAGCUGACGCAACGCAUCAAGGGAGCGGUGCAGUGGUGCACGCACAAGAAGCGCCGCGCAACUUUCGUGAGGAAGGACAAGUACAAUCCGACUGAUCACGAGUACCUCGUGGAUGUUUCAUCCAAGAAAAGCACGACGAAGGAGUCUGAGGACAAGCUGGUGGACGAGACAGAUUUGGGUGAGAACGAGCGGGACAAUGUUGCUUUCGGUUUCGAUUCCGGUUCCGAGGGCCCAAACAGUGAUGCAGAGACUGCUGACGACGCCAGCAGUGCAAGCAGCGAGCCUGCACGGAAGAAGAGCAAAUCGAACAAGAAGCGCGCACGUGCUGCUAGCAGCACCCCCAGCCCGAAGAAGCCCAAGUCCAAGCCCACACGGGGCCUGUCCAAAGCAGAUCUCGAGCUGCAGGUUGCUACGGAG